AGCGGAAUAGCCGAUUUGCAGCAGAUAUAAAUCCUUGCACUGCGUUUGACUGACGGUGAGGGAGAAUUUGACAUAAAGAGGAUGGAAGAACAGGCAGUUGAGCUUGAGAAGGAUCUGAUUAUGAAAGAGUUAGAAACUUUAGAUCUUCUUGAAGCUCUUGGAUCAACCAAAAGCAUUGUUGAAGAUUUGAAGUGGCAGUUCCAGCAGCAAGCGCUGAGAUGCAUGGAGACCCCUGAACAUUUGCGUUCACACACCAAAGAGAUGAUCGAUGAGCGCUGCCAUCGUAAUCCCCUGAAGUCUCCAGAUCUGAUGAUCAUGGAAAUGAAGCAAGCUGGUAUGAAUCUUGGUAAAACCAUGGAUGAUCUUGCGUUGAUCCACUCUUAUGCUGAAUCUCUGAAUAUGAAAACGAAGGAAGAGACAGAUGUCCUUGGAGUAGCGUCUCUAGCUGAGGAGCUUAACAGCUUGAAGUUAAAACCACUAGGUCCUGAUCAAGGAGACAGGUUCAGUACCGAGAAUUUACCUGUGAGCCCGCAAUGUGAACAGGUCAAGAUGGUAGUUGAAACUAAUGAUAGAACUUUCCAUAAACAGAGCAAGACCUGUCUGAGAACUGCAGAAAUGAGGUUGGUUGCUGCAAGAAAAAUGGAAGAGGCUGCACGAGCAGCGGAAGCACUUGCGAUUGCUGAAAUGACCAUAUUAUCCAGCGGAAAAAACGAAGACGCUCUCUGCUUCCCGGAGCCACCAUGUUUUCCAUUAACACUUAAAGCACAGAUGAACAAAGAAUUAUCCACCAAUGUCUCAAGAAUAGAGAUCUUGAGGAAGCUGGAGGAAGCUAAUGAAGAAGUUAAACAAAGUAAACAAGCCUUGGAAGUUGCGUUAAACCGUGUAGAAAUCGCUAGUGUGAAGCAACUUGAAGCAGAAGAUGCAUUUCGGCAGUGGAACAUAGAGUCAUGGAAAGACCAGAAAGCUGUUGGAGCAAAACGAUCGAUGAAAAGAGACAGCUUUCCUCAACGCUCCUUCUUGAGCAAUGUGAACCAGCACGAGCCACAGAUCAAUCUCCCUGAGCCAAUGCUGAAACGUAACGUCUCAAUGGGUAAUGUUCUUAACCGAAAACAAGUCAACACCAUCGAUGAGAAACAGUUGGUCAGGCCAAGGAGAAAGUUUAGGUUCAUACAAACACAUCAAGCUUCCAUUGGAGAAACAGAGUAAGCUAAAAACCCAGCCUUUGAAAACAUGUUUUGCACAUUUCAAUUCCUGUUUUUUUUUAUUGGUUUGAUCAUUGAUAGGUGUUGUUGCUUCUAUCAUAAACAAACCCCAGAUGAUUAG